UACUUAAACACCGUUAGGAAAGCGUUCUCGGCAACAAGGACUUCCGGAUAUUUUAUGGAUUAAUUGUCACAUCGAUUUUUGCAAAUGUAUCGAAAAGAAAAGCCAUUGGCGCUGAAAAGCAGCGCGUCCUUAAUUUCUAACAAUUUGACAGUGUUAAAUAAUGCUGAAAAAGGUUCCAUUAAUUAUGCGGUAAUUCAUAAAUAUUUGAUAAACAUGGUGUGUCAGUCCACAGACGGGUCCCAAGUAAUUCAUAAGCAAGUCAUGUUUAAAGAACCAUCGGCCGCCACACAAGGAACUGCUAUGAUAAUGCAGACAAAAUGGGUAACUCUCAGAAAUGGUCGAUCUCUGCUAGUGUUGACAUCUUUAAAGGGUAUUCAGAUAUUUGAAUACGACGGCUCAGCUAUGGUGUACUGGCAUGCGCUGGGUGACUCGAGUUCAGAGGCAGCAGGUGAAAGUACAAACUUUGGUCGAGGUAUUGCCACUGUUGGAGACAACUUGCUGUGUGUAGGUACCCAGCAGGGCCAUAUUCUGGUGUUUGACAUUCCUGUCAAGGGGAACAGUGUCUCAUUGGCUAACACUGUUGGAGGUCACAGUGUUGCUGUGUGUGACCUGGCAGGACAAGAUGACACGCUAGUGAGCGGUGAUGAGAACGGAACCAUCCUCUUGUGGAGGGUCCAGGGCACCUCACUAUCCAACACCAGCAAGAUAUCCAUGAACGGGGAGAGCUGCUGCAGUCUGAGCAUAUGGAAGGGCAUCCUGGUAGCUGCAUUCAGUAACGGCCAGAUAGGUGUGUACAAUCUCAGCACUGGGAAGAUAGGGGCACUGGUCAAUGCACACGCUAGAUGGAUCAACGCUAUUGAUGUCGCCAAAGAAACUGGCCUGAUGGUGUCUGCUAGUGAAGACUCGUUUGUGAGAGUAUGGCAGCUCAUUCCGGGAAAUCAACCAUCUAUUGAGUUCAAGUUUGGUGACACAGUGACUGACCAGCAGCUGGUUGGGGCCCAGUUCAUCCAUGAUGGGGGCCGGGGCUUCUGUGUCACGGGAUAUGACAGCUCCGAUAUAUCAUUCUUCCUGCAGAACUGACACACACGUAGCUAGUAUAGACAUAUCUAUGGCUGGAUAUCGUUAACAAGUUCAUCAGCUGAUUCUUUCAAUAUUUUUUUUGUUUUGUACUGAAUAGAAUAAGGGAAUAUUGUGUGAUGCUUUAUCAUUUUUGAACAUAGAAAAUUGUGUGAUGCUUUACAAUAAUUGCUGGCACAAAUACUUAUAAUUUUUAAUAUGUUUUUGUUAUAAUUUUUGCUGGUUUGAUAACAAUUUCACAGGAAGGCUUGAGGAAUUUCUUUCAAACUUGAAAUCUGUAUUUAUUUUACCAAUUUUCUCUGCUUCUGUAUUGUUUUAGCAGGACUUGAAAAAAAGAGGCAAUCUUUUAUACUUGCUCUGGUGACGGCUUCGGUCUCAACUUGAGAAUUAGAGCUGAGGUGAAAGUUUUUCAGUUAGCUCAUUUCUCAGCAAUUGCUUUUGGGGUUUCAUUUAAGCUUAAAGCAUGUGAUGCCCAUAUUAAAAUGACCUCUUAGGCCAAGUUUUGUUACUGCAAUUUGAAAUUUGUCAAAAUUUGGGGCCGUUAAACACUUUGAAAUUUUCAUAUCUACUAUAUAGGCUUGUUUUAGUUUUUCAGCAAGUUAGUUUUGCAAGAAUGGCCUCAAGGAUUUCAUUCAACCUUGAAACAUGUAUAUAAGGGCGAUUUUACACUAACAAAUUUUACAUUUAAGCUAAAAAUCCAAUCCAAUGUCAUAUAAAGAUACCAGGUACCAAGAAGACCCCCUUUCUUGUGAUUCAAUAUGGGAUGGGUGGGGUCAAGGUCACUGUUAACUAAAAGUUGCAAAAUGGAUUCCGCUUAAAUUCUUGAUAAGUAAUUGAGUUUUGGAAUCAAACUUCAUAAAUAAAUAUUUUGUAUACAGACCUGAUUGGAUUGCAUAUGGGUUGGAUGAGUUCAAGUUUAUUAAAUACAGAAAAAUGUUUUCUGCUCAAUAACUACAGAAUUAAUAAAGCUAUUUGAAUGAAAAUAAAUACCCAAUAUAGAGUCCUUGCUAGGGUUACAUGUGGCAUGAAGUAGUUUAAGGGCACUGUAUUUAAAAUAAAAAAAAAAAGAUUCUGCUUAGCAAUUCCCAAAGAAAUUGAGCUAGUGUCAUGCAACUUAAUACAUUCAUGCUUCCAUUAAAACUUCAUUUUUGCUGAUUGCAGAUUGGAUCAAGGUCGCCAAUACUAAAUAGAGAUUAAUUGUUUUGCCACAAUAUCUCAAAAAGGUUAUUUGAAAAGUUACCAUACAAUUUAUGGUAUGACUUUUAAUGUGUUUGUUUUUGUGUUCACAGUUUUAUGCUUGUUAUUUAUUUUCACAUUUAUACAUAUCAGGAAAUGACCAUAUGUGUGCUUAUUGUUUGUGCACAUUGUUUUAGAAUAUUUUUUUAAAGAUGUAAAUGAAAUAAUGAUCAUGUGUUUUGUUAAGAAUUGUAAUUUGAAUGCGUUAUUUAAGGCGCUGAAUGUCAUGGCUCUUGUGUUUUGUCACUAUGCUCUUAAAUAGUUUCAAAAUAACUUUAUUCAUAUUUAACAAAUAAUUAUAUCUGUUAUUGAGAUAUUGUCUAUAUUUGUGCUGACUUUUGAUUAUACAAGAAAUAAAAUUGAUUCUUUUGUUUCAAUUUUAUUUAAAACAAAUGGCAACUUUUGAUUAUAAUUUUUGCUUACCGUUACAGUAUGUAUUUUAUUAAUUUAAAAUCCCAUCAGCAAUGGCGACCAUUUUUUUAUUUUCUGUCUGUUAUGUGUCAAACUGGAAUCAAAAAUGGUUUGAAAGUCUUAUGAAAUGAUAAAAUUUGUGUUGCUUGCAAGUCUGUAUGUUACAUUUUUUAGUUUUGAUAUUGUGAAAUUUGCUCAUGUUUAUAUUAUUGUUUGAAGCUUUCACCAUUUGUGGUCUCUGCAUCGGCAAAUCCCGUCCCCUUAUUCAAGUGCAAUUGUGUAUUAACAAUAAACCAUUUCAAGCUACAAA